AUGGAGAAGAUGACGAAGGACUCCGCGGUCAACGCUGAACUUGCUGACAACUAUGAAGAAGGCACACAGACAGCCAUAUAUGUCGAUCCCGUGAAGGAAGCAGCGGCGCGAAAGAAAUUCGACAUGUAUGUCGUGCCGGUUUCAGUGAUCUUCCUUGUUUUGUCUACCCUGGACCGAAACAACCUUGGAAAUGCUCGAGUCUUCGGCUUCGACGAAGAUAUCGGGCUCAAGAACGGUCAGUUUGGCAACAUCCAGACUCUCUCUAGCGUCUGUACCAUUGUCUUCGAGGUCCCUUGGGUCCUGGCCGUCCGGCGCUGGGGUGCCAACAAAGCAAUCGGUUCUGCAUUCGUCCUAUGGAGCAUUUGCACGCUUGGGACUGCAUUCAUCCAUACCUACGGUCAGGCUAUAGCCUGUCGAAUGUUAUUGAACGCCGCCGAGGCCGGUCUGGCACAGGCCUUCGCCUAUCUAUUCUCCACCAUUUAUCCGCGCGAACUGGCAGGAAAGCGUAUAAUGACGACCAACCUCGCCCAAUGCAUCUCUGGUGCUUUCGGCGGGCUAUUCGCAUAUGCCGUUCAGACAAUGGGAUCGCGACACGGGCUCGCCGCCUGGAGAUGGCUCUUCAUCGUCGAAUUCUGUAUCACAAUCGGAAUUUGUGGUAUUGGCUGGCUCUUCCUACCAAGCGAGGUCGAAAAGGCAUGGUUUUUAAACGAGGAAGAGAAAGAAACCAUGCGCCUGAAAAAACAGCGAGACUUUAUGAUCCGAGGGGAAAACAAGUUCGACCGCAAGUGGAUCAAGAUCGCUCUCACCGACCCCUUUGUCUACCUCCUCGGCAUAGCUUUCUUUACUUCAUCCGUUGCCAUCAACGGGUUUGGCGUCUUCCUGCCUACUAUUAUCUCUGGACUUGGGUUUGCGUCCCUCAAGGUCAAUUAUAUGACCAUCCCAGUUUAUGUCCUUGGUGCCAUCUCUCUCUCAGUCCAGGUCUACUAUUCCGACAAACUCAAGCGACGAGGAGUGUUCAUCAUCGGAUGCUGUGCACCCGUAGCUGUUGGGUAUCUCAUGUGCGUGGGGUCAAAGAAUGCCAAUGUUGGUUAUGCCGGGAUGUUCGUUCUUGUCCUAGGACUCUAUCCCAUUUCCACGUUGGCCGUAACUUGGAUUUCUACCAAUUUGGCGCCGGAUUCCAAACGUGCAAUUGGCAUGCCCUCGGCCUAUUCGAUCGCUAACAUCUCAAAUCUGGUCUCAGGGCAAUUAUACCCCACCCAGCAAGGCCCGCGGUAUGUACCUGGCAAUGCCGUUUCUGCCGGUCUUACAGUUGUUGCUGGUUUCCUUUAUGGCGCAUGUUGGCUUCUGCUCAAACGCAGGAAUGCGAAGAAGGCCAAGCUGAUUGCCGAAGGAGCUACAACAAAUGGACUGGAAGGAGAUAUGAGCCUUGACUCGAUGUACAUUCUUUGA